UAUGUGUUACAUGGUGGUGUUUUCUAUGUCGUGCCAGAGGGACUUAUAAAUUCUAAUACAAAUUACGACUAUAUAAUAAAAAAUAGAAAGGCGUAUACGCCUAUGGUGAACUUAAGGUUAUGCCAAAGAGGCGUAUGUACAUACGCCCCUUCCAGAUGCGAUGAUGGUACACAUAAGGUUAUGCCAGAAAGGCGUAUGUACAUACGCCCCCGAAAAUGUUGCUUUUCUCAGUCGGUAAACAGACGCAAAUGUCAUCAGAGGUUAUGUUUGAAACACUUCUAUUACUGUGUCUUUGUGUUAGUUUAUUUUGAGUUUGUGUUUAAGAGGUCUUAAAAUGUUUAACACGACAUCACGAGGCAAACUAAUGUUACAGUUAUGUGCUGCAAAUCAAAACAAAGAAGGUAGGUCUACACAAUCUUCUUUAUGUAUAGUAGCGGUAUUGUUGUAUUUAGAUAUUACCACAUUUGUGGAUAAACUCCCAUAGAAAUUAAAAUCAUUUAAUUUUUUAGAUGAUGCAACUAAUGCUACCUUUACAAGUAGUAGCACCUUUGUUGAAACUACCAGUGAUCUAGAUAAAUCAUUAGUUGAAGUCGGAUUGCGGCCAAACAUAGAAUUACCAUCAAAGAACACUGAUGGCCACAUAACUGAGUUAAUAGAGAUGAGACCGGAUCCUUGUGAAUUUGAAAAUGAAGUGAUUGUUAUGGAUGAAAAUCAGUAUGAAACGCAAAUUGAAGAUGUAAGAAUAAGAAUGGACAAUGAAGGUGUGUAUGAAACAGAAUUUGAAACUGAAAUGAUUGCUAUGGAUGAAAAUGAGUGUGAAUCUGAAAUUGAAGGUAGUGUAAGAAUAGACAAGGAAAGAGUGUAUGAAACUGAAUUUGAACAAAAUAUUAGAAAAGAUAAUGAAGACGAAUAUGAAACAGAAUUAGAAGAAAAUGCAAAAGAUAAUGAGAGCAGUGGUGGUGGAAAACGAAAGAGGGCAAAACGAAAGGUUCCACAGCAGUGGAAGAAAAAUGUACGGAAAAAUAAACGAAAUGCAGGAGAAAGCUACUUGACAACGGCAGGAAAAGUUGCAAGAGAGAGAAGACCAAAAAACCUUGGUGAAACAUGUAAAUGCAAACGCGAGUGUCAUUUAAAAAUUCGAGAUGAAGAUAAAAUAUCAAUAUCAAAGAGCUUUUGGGAUAUGAAAGAUUUGAGCAGACAACGUGACUUCAUUGCAGCUCGUGUUCGUCGCCAACUUGCUGAACGAGGUCGAGUGGAGAGCUCGAGAAGAAAAUUCUCACAAACUUUUUCGCUUCUUCAAGGAGGAACAGAGCAUCAAGUAUGUAAAUACUUUUUCCUGCAAACUUUAGAUAUUUCCGAAAAAAUGGUUCGAACUUCCGUUGAAAAAUCAGCUCGAAACGCUGCAGGAAUUCCCUCCCCCGAUAAAAGAGGUAGACAUACACCUGCUAACAAACAUGCAGAAGAUGAAAUCGUGUUCGCAAUCAACCACAUUGACUCGUUUCCCAGAGUUCCAGCUCAUUGGUGUCGGAGAGAUACCAAGAAGGAGUAUUUGGAAACAAUCUUAAACAAAGAAAAAAUGUACAACUUGUACCUCGAGCACUGUAUUACAAAUAAAAAAAAACCUAUAUCACGCACCAACUAUAAAGAGAUUCUUAUUGAAAAAAAUAUAGGAUUUCAUAAACCCAAAAAGGAUCAAUGCUGGUGCCACCAUUUUGAGCAAUUGCCUGCAGAUCAAAAAACAGACAGGCAAGCCGAAUUUGAUCUUCACAUUCGUAGAAAAUGUGCCGCAAAUGAAGAGAAAAGAAAAGAUUCUGAAAAGUCCAAAACAGAUGAUACGUACUUAUCGGCCAAUUUUGAUUUGGAAGCGGUGCUGUACAGUCCACUGUUUCAUGCAAAACCAAUUUUUUACAAAAGAAAAUUAGCAACAUUUAAUUUUACGAUUUAUGAAGUACCAAAAAGACAGGGCCAUUCAUACAUUUGGACGGAAUUCGAAGGAAAUCGAGGUUCCAAUGAAAUUGCUACCUGCUUAAAUAAAUUUAUCCACAGUAUUUCUAACACUGUCCGACAUCUAGUGCUGUAUUCAGAUUGUUGUCCAGGGCAAAAUCGAAAUGCAGUUGUUGCGUGCAUGUUACAACAAGCAGUAUGUCUUGUACCACAUCUAAAAAUUAUCGACUUGAAAUUCUUAGAACCAGGCCAUACGCACAUGGAGUGCGACUCCAUGCACGCUGCCAUAGAACGAGCGUCUGAGAAGUCGAAAAUUUUUUGGCCAGAUGACUGGAUAAAUAUUGUGAUUUUGUCAAAUAAAAAAAACCCUUUUAAGGUAAGCGUUUUGCACCACGAUGACUUUCUUGAUUAUAAGGACUUGCAAGGGAAAAUCAUGGUAAACAAAAAGAAAGCUGAUGAUGGUAGUAUUCUCAGUUGGAAAGAGGUAAAAUGGUUGAGAUUUGACAAGGAACAACCUAAUGUAAUGCAAUAUAAAAGUGAAUACUGGGAAGAAGAGUUCAAACGUAUAAACACGGGACGCAGAGGAAGAAAGCCAACAGCCAGGAAUUCAAGCUAUGAGAUGAAGAAGGCGUACACUGACCAAAUCCCAAUUCAGAAAAAAAAAUUUAAUGAUUUGCAGCAAAUGUGCCAUGGUAAAGACAAAAUUAUUCCUCGUCAAUACCACCAAUAUUAUAGAUCACUUCCAGUGCAAGCAGGUAACACCAAUAGUGAGGAUUACGACUCAGAAGAUGAAGUGUCACUUCAAGUAAUGAAGGAGCGUUACUUGCAAAAAAAAUGAUUUCUUUGUGGCGAUUUUUUUGUAUUUCUUUCGAAUUAAAAUAAAAAAAAAUGUAUUACGCCUUCUUCUUUUAACUGCAUUGGCAUAUACGCUGUUGAACCACAUAGGCGUAAAGACCAUAUUUUCGAUUUUUUUUAAUAAAAUGACCUAAAAUUUUACAUGCAUAUAUUUUAUUAUUCAAACAAAUAGUUUAAUGAAAUUCAUACGUCAUAAUGAAAAAAUAGAAUUUUAAAACGUUUUUUUCAUUUCCUGUAAAAUUAGUGAAAUGGUUGAUACGCCUCUCUGACCUGAAGCCCUCGAUAUAUAUAUAUAUAUACACACAUCAUUCUAUCAUUAUUGCGUCCUUCGAACUAUUGCGUCCGAAUAUCGGACGCAAUAAAGGCAUCGCCUGUAUUUCCAUGUUCCCGCCAUUUUAUCAUUCAAAUACUAUCAACGAAGGAUGGACCGGUUUAACAGAUUCCUAUAGCACAAACCAGCUUUGAGACAUCUCUUGCCGUUUUCGAGAUAUUAAAAGAUAACGAAUUUUUAGUGGACGCAAUAAUAGUUGCAAUACGUACGAAGUUGUAUAUUUUUAGUUCAGCACUUUGCAGCUAGGGGCGGUAAAUUAGUAUACGCUUUCAAGUAUACGUUUUACAAAGUUGGUAUAUUAUUGCGUCCAACAUGUGGCAACACUGUAAGCUAUUUAUAGACAUCAUUUCGAUAAGAUAAUCAUCUUUUUAUAUCUUAAGUGAGGAUAAUUAUUAUACUCUCCAUUCGGAAAGUACAUUGUUGCGUCCAGAUAAGUUUAAUUAUAUUGGAGCUGAUCUCCAAAAAUGUAACAAUUCAAAAAAUUCUAUUCAAUAAAAUUGUUUAACAUAAAAGGUGGUAUUUGGUUAUCAACAAAUUAAAUUUCGCUUUUGAAUAUUUUUGG